UUCAGUGGGCUCCUCCGGUCAUCAGCGCCUCAUCAGCGGCCACUGCUGCCUCUUCUACGCCGCUUACGAGACAUGGAAACACCUUGAUUUAAGACCCGACAUCGGCGACACACACUGCGCUUAAGCUUCCACUUGUAGCCGGAACAUCACCCUCCGUUCCGCCGCUGAGACAAACAAUAAAAAACGGUGAACAGCGUCCGUGUGUCCUCUCUCCCUCUGUCCGGUUGGUUGGAUGAGUUCCAAACAGCAGCAGAACUGUGAGCACUGAUUGGGCACUGAGCCAGGUGAGCCGUCAUGGCGGACGUGGACCCGGACACUCUGCUGGAGUGGCUGCAGAUGGGUCAGGGCGAUGAGCGCGACAUGCAGCUCAUCGCUCUGGAGCAGCUCUGCAUGCUGCUGCUCAUGUCUGACAACGUGGACCGCUGCUUUGAGACCUGUCCUCCUCGCACCUUCCUCCCCGCGCUCUGUAAGAUCUUCCUGGACGAGAGCGCACCUGAUAACGUGCUGGAGGUGACGGCGCGGGCCAUCACCUACUACCUGGACGUGUCGGCCGAGUGCACGCGCCGCAUCGUGGGCGUGGACGGCGCCAUCAAGGCGCUGUGUAACCGCCUGGUGGUGGUGGAGCUCAACAACAGGACGAGCAGAGACCUGGCCGAGCAGUGUGUGAAGGUCCUGGAGUUGAUCUGUACCCGGGAGUCCGGCGCCGUGUUUGAGGCCGGAGGUCUGAACUGCGUCCUGAGCUUCAUCAGAGACAGCGGCCACCUCGUCCACAAAGACACGCUGCACUCGGCCAUGGCCGUGGUGUCCCGCCUCUGCAGUAAGAUGGAACCUCAGGACUCGUCUCUGGAGACGUGCGUGGAGUCUCUGUCCAGCCUCCUCAAACAUGAAGACCAUCAGGUGUCGGACGGCGCGCUGCGCUGCUUCGCCUCUCUGGCUGACAGGUUCACACGCCGUGGUGUUGACCCCGCCCCUUUAGCCAAACACGGCCUGACAGAGGAGCUGCUGUCUCGCAUGGCCGCCGCUGGCGGCCCUGUGUCAGGCCCCGCCUCUUCCUGUAAGCCGGGCCGGACCUCGACGGGCGCCACCCCUUCAGCCAACGACUCCAAGCUGAGCAACCAGGUGUCGACCAUCGUCAGCCUGCUGUCCACGCUGUGCCGCGGCUCGCCGCUCGUCACACACGACCUGCUGCGCUCGGCGCUGCCCGACUCCAUGGAGUCGGCUCUGGGCGGAGACGAGCGCUGCGUGCUGGACACCAUGAGGCUUGUGGACCUGCUGCUGGUUCUGCUGUUCGAGGGCAGGAAGGCGCUGCCCAAGUCCACGGCCGGGUCCACGAGUCGGAUCCCCGGCCUGCGGCGUCUGGACAGCUCCGGGGAGAGGUCACACCGGCAGCUCAUCGACUGCAUCCGCAGCAAGGACACGGACGCUCUGAUCGAUGCCAUCGACACCGGAGCGUUCGAGGUGAACUUCAUGGACGACGUUGGACAGACGCUUCUGAACUGGGCCUCGGCGUUCGGGACGCAGGAAAUGGUGGAGUUUCUCUGUGAAAGAGGGGCGGACGUCAACAGAGGUCAGAGGUCAUCCUCACUGCACUAUGCUGCUUGUUUUGGGCGCCCACAAGUUGCAAAGACACUGCUGCGUCAUGGAGCCAACCCUGACCUGAGGGACGAGGACGGAAAGACACCUCUGGACAAAGCUCGGGAGAGAGGACACAGUGAGGUGGUAGCCAUACUGCAGUCACCCGGAGACUGGAUGUGUCCUGUGAACAAAGGCGACGAUAAGAAAAAGAAAGAUGUGAACAAAGAGGAAGAGGAGGGCAGUGAACCCCGAGGAGAUCCAGAGAUGGCUCCGAUCUACCUGAGGAGACUGCUGCCUGUUUUUGCACAAACCUUUCAGCAAACCAUGCUGCCUUCUAUUAGGAAAGCCAGUCUGGCUCUGAUCAGGAAGAUGGUUCACUACAGCAGUGAGGUUCUGCUGAGGGAAGUGUGUGACGGUGAGACGGGUCACAACCUGCCCACGGUGCUGGUGGAGAUCACAGCGACUGUCCUCGACCACGAGGACGAUGACGACGGUCACCUCCUGGCUCUGCAGAUCAUCAGAGACCUGGUGGACAAAGGUGGAGACGUGUUCCUGGACCAGCUCGCUCGACUGGGAGUCAUUAACAAGGUGUCGACUCUGGCUGGACCGGUGUCUGACGACGAGAACGAGGACGAGGCCAAGCCGGAGAAGGACGUGUGUUUGUUGCUCCUGCAGGAGGAGGAGGUGCAGGAGGACGCCAGGGAGAUCCAGCAGGGGAAGCCGUACCACUGGAGGGACUGGUCCAUCAUCAGAGGCAGGGACUGUCUCUACAUCUGGUCAGACGCCGCCGCCCUCGAGCUCUCUAAUGGCUCCAACGGCUGGUUUCGCUUCAUCCUGGACGGGAAGCUGGCGACCAUGUACUCCAGCGGGAGUCCAGAGGGCGGCUCGGACAGCUCUGAGUCUCGCAGCGAGUUCCUGGAGAAGCUGCAGCGGGCGAGGAGUCAGGUGAAGCCGGUGACAGCCAGUCAGCCCAUCCUGUCCAGCGUGGGUCCCACCAAGCUGACGGUGGGGAACUGGUCCCUGGCCUGUCUGAAGGAAGGAGAGAUCGCCAUCCACAACUCAGACGGUCAGCAGGCCACCAUCCUGAAGGAAGACCUGCCCGGCUUUGUCUUUGAGUCCAACAGAGGGACCAAACACUCGUUCACUGCUGAGACGUCUCUGGGCUCUGAGUUUGUGACGGGCUGGACGGGGAAGCGCGGCAGGAAGCUGAAGUCAAAGCUGGAGAAGACCAAACAGAAGGUGAAGAGCAUGGCGAGGGAGCUGUAUGAUGACCACUUCAAAGCUGUGGAGAGCAUGCCCAGAGGAGUGGUGGUCACUCUGAGGAACAUCUCCACACAGCUGGAGUCUGCCUGGGAGCUGCACACCAACAGACAGUGUGUUGAAGGUGAGAACACGUGGAGGGACCUGAUGAAAACGGCUCUUGAAAACCUCAUCGUGGUGUUGAAGGAUGAAAACACCAUUUCUCCGUAUGAGAUGUGCAGCAGUGGCCUGGUCCAGGCUCUGUUCACUGUCCUCAACAAUAGCGUGGAUUUGGACCUGAAACACGAUUGUAAGCCUUUAAUGGAGAGGAUCAAUGUGUUCAAGGCGGCGUUCAGUGAGAACGAAGACGACGAAAGUCGCCCAGCUGUUGCCUUAAUCCGUAAACUGAUCGCUGUCCUGGAGUCGAUCGAGCGUCUCCCUCUGCACCUGUAUGACACUCCAGGCUCCUCCUACAACCUUCAGAUCUUGACGAGGAGGUUGAGGUUCCGGCUGGAGCGAGCGCCAGGUGAGACGGCGCUCAUCGACCGCACGGGGCGCAUGUUGAAGAUGGAGCCGCUCGCCACCGUGGAGUCACUGGAGCAGUACCUGCUGAAGAUGGUGGCAAAACAGUGGUACGACUUUGAGCGUUCGUCCUUCGUCUUCGUGAGGAAACUGAGGGAAGGUCAGACCUUCACCUUCAGACACCAGCACGACUUUGACGAGAACGGCAUCGUCUACUGGGUCGGAACCAACGCCAAGACGGCGUACGAGUGGGUCAAUCCUGCCGCCUAUGGCCUGGUGGUGGUGACAUCAUCUGAGGGGCGGAACCUUCCUUACGGCCGGUUGGAGGAUAUCCUGAGUCGCGAUAGCUCCGCCCUCAACUGCCACACCAAUGAUGACAAGAACGCCUGGUUCGCCGUCGACCUCGGUCUCUGGGUCAUUCCCUCAGCGUACACACUGAGACACGCCAGGGGUUACGGACGCUCGGCGCUCAGGAACUGGGUGUUCCAGGUGUCCAAGGACGGUCAGAACUGGACGACUCUCUACACUCAUGUUGACGACUGCAGCCUCAAUGAACCCGGGUCGACGGCCACGUGGCCUCUAGACCCGUCCAAAGAGGAGAAGCAGGGGUGGAGACACAUCCGGGUCAAGCAGAUGGGGAAGAACGCCAGCGGUCAGACUCACUACCUGUCGCUGUCUGGACUGGAGCUGUACGGCACCGUCACCGCCGUCUGUGAGGACCAGCUGGGUAAAGCGGUGAAGGAGGCGGAGGCAAACCUGCGGCGUCAGCGGCGCCUCUUCCGCUCUCAGGUGAUGAAGUACAUCGUCCCCGGAGCGCGGGUCGUCCGCGGCAUCGACUGGAAGUGGAGAGACCAGGACGGAAACCCGCCGGGCGAGGGCGCGGUCACUGGAGAGGCUCACAACGGCUGGAUUGAUGUAACCUGGGAUGCUGGCGGCUCUAACUCUUACCGUAUGGGCGCUGAAGGGAAGUUUGACCUCAAGCUUGCUCCAGGGUUCGACCCUGAGUCGGCUGCCACAGCGCCGUCACCCAAACCUGUCUCAUCCACUGUUUCAGGCCCCGCCUCCUCCACGGUGGGACCCUCUGUGACGCCGGCGGCCAGCGGCGGCGGCACCACCACCACGACCACGUCGUCGUCCUCCUCAUCGCUGUCUUCGCAGCAGCAGUUGUGGAGCAGCCUGGUGAAAAAUAACUGUCCCGACAAGGGCGGGGCCACAUCACUGGGCGGGGCCAGCUCGUCCAGCAGGAAGGGUAGCAGCAGCUCAGUCUGCAGCGUCGCCUCCUCCUCUGAUAUCAGCCUGAGCUCGUCCGUCGGGCCGCCGGGCAGCGGCGUUCUGCGGCUGGAGAGGAGGGCCGAGGGUCUGCUGCUGGACCAGGGCUCGGGAGGAGUCAUGGGGGGCGGGGCCGGCGACGGACAUCAGCUGGAGCCGAUUGUGGUGCUUUCGUCCGCGGUGGAGGGUCUGUCGGGCUCCGCGUCCAGCUCCGGCACGCUCAACGCCGACACGUCCGCCACCGGAGACGACGCCAGAAACAAGGACUCGUCCGCGCCGACCGCUGACCCGGCGACGGCCAUCUCCAUGGGUCUGGUCAGCGUCAGCUCCCCCGACGUCAGCUCGGUGUCCGAGUCGUCCGGCAAAGACGCGCCCUCCCAGAGGCCUCUGUGCUCAGCGGCUAACACCAGGCUGUCGGUCAGCUCGCUGCUGGCCGCCGGCGCUCCCAUGAGCUCCAGCGCCAGCGUUCCCAACCUGUCGUCACGCGAGGCCAGUCUGAUGGAGUCGUUUGUCCGCCGCGCGCCCAACAUGUCACGCACCAACGCCACCAACAACAUGAACCUGAGCCGCAGCAGCAGCGACAACAACACCAACACGCUGGGCAGGAACGUCAUGAGCUCUGCCACCUCUCCUCUCAUGGGCGCUCAGAGCUUCCCUAACCUCACCACCACUGGCACCACCUCCACUGUUACCAUGUCGACCUCCAUAGUAACCAGCAGCAAUAACGUAGCCACGGCCACCACCGGCCUGUCAGUGGGACAGUUGCUAAGCAACACUCUGACCACCAGCCUGACGUCCACGUCCAGUGAGAGUGACACUGGCCAGGAGGCGGAGUUUUCUCUCUAUGACUUCCUGGACAGCUGUCGGGCGAACACGCUGUUGGCCGAGCUGGACGACGAGGAGGAUCUCCCCGAGCCGGACGACGAUGACGAUGAGAACGAAGACGACAAUCAGGAGGACCAGGAGUACGAGGAGGUCCUGGAGGAGGAAGAGUACGAGACUAAAGGAGGACGCAGGAGGACGUGGGAUGACGAUUUUGUCCUCAAGAGACAGUUCUCCGCUCUGGUCCCCGCCUUUGACCCACGACCAGGAAGAACCAACGUCCAGCAGACCACUGACCUGGAGAUCCCGCCUCCAGGAACGCCACGUUCUGAGGUUCAGGAGGAAGUGGAAUGUACUCCGUCUCCUCACCUCGCUCUCACUCUGAAGGUGGCGGGGCUGGGUACGACCCGGGAGGUGGAGCUUCCUCUGUCCAACUACAAGUCCACCAUCUUCUACUACGUCCAGCGGCUGCUGCAGCUGUCCUGCAACGGAGCCGUGAAGACGGACAAACUGCGACGCAUCUGGGAGCCCACGUACACGAUCAUGUACCGGGAGCUGAAGGACGCAGAGAAGGAGAAGGAGAGCAGUAAGAUGGACUUCUGUGAGCACGGGGUCAGUGUCUGUCGCUCCGGCGGCCUGAGCCCGAUUUCAGUCUCGGCCAAUCAGAGCAGCGAGAUCCUGGGCGGGGCCAGGGAGGCGGCACAGGCGAAGGCGGGCUGCAGCCAGAACACGUGCGGCGUCGAGGACGUGCUGCAGCUGCUGCGCAUCCUCUACAUCAUCGGAGGAGACUCCGCCUCCAACCCACGCACGCUGCAGGAGGAUGUCGACGAUCUGCAGUUCAACGCUUCUCCUGAAGAGUUCACCAGUAAGAAGGUCACCACCAAGAUCCUGCAGCAGAUCGAGGAGCCUCUGGCUCUGGCGAGCGGCGCUCUGCCCGACUGGUGCGAGCAGCUCACGUCCAAGUGUCCUUUCCUCAUUCCCUUUGAGACGCGGCAGCUUUACUUCACCUGCACCGCCUUCGGAGCGUCCAGGGCGAUUGUGUGGCUGCAGAAUCGGCGCGAGGCGACCAUGGAGCGCUCUCGACCGUCGACGACGGUGCGGCGCGACGACCCCGGAGAGUUCAGAGUGGGCCGGCUCAAACACGAGAGGGUCAAAGUCCCCAGAGGUGAAGCCAUGAUGGAGUGGGCGGAGUCUGUCAUGCAGAUCCAUGCUGACAGGAAGUCUGUGCUUGAGGUGGAGUUCCAGGGGGAGGAGGGAACAGGUCUUGGUCCGACUCUGGAGUUCUACGCUCUGGUGGCAGCAGAGUUCCAGAGAACGUCUCUGGGGAUGUGGUUGUGUGACGACGAUUUUCCUGAUGACGAGUCUCGACAGGUGGACCUGGGCGGCGGCCUGAAGCCUCCCGGGUUCUACGUGCAGCGCUCCUGCGGCCUUUUCCCGGCGCCGUUCCCUCAGGACAGCGAGGAGCUGGAGCGAAUCACCAAGCUCUUCCACUUCCUGGGAAUCUUCCUGGCCAAGUGUAUCCAGGACAACCGUCUGGUGGACCUGCCCGUGUCCCAGCCCUUCUUCAAGCUGCUCUGCAUGGGAGACAUCAAGUCCAACAUGAGCAAGCUGCUCUACCAGAGCCGCGGCUCGCCUCAGGGUCACGACCCCGACAGGCUCCACCCCCAGCCUUUCCUGCUGCUCUCUGAGGUUCAGUCGGAGGCGUCGACGGAGGAGAGUCAGGAGACGUUCUCUGUGGGCAGCUUCGACGAAGACUCCAAGUCUGAGUUCAUCAUGGACCCGCCCAAACCCAAACCUCCAGCCUGGUACCACGGGAUCCUCACCUGGGACGACUUCCAGCUGGUCAACCCGCACAGGGCGAGCUUCCUGAAGGAGGUGAAGGAUCUGGUGGUGAAGAGACGUCAGAUUGUGUCCAGUAAGAUUCUCUCUGAGGACGAGAAGAACACACGGCUGCAGGAUCUGAUGCUGAGGAACCCACUGGGCUCUGGACCUCCACUAAGCAUCGAGGACCUCGGGUUAAAUUUCCAGUUCUGUCCGUCCUCAAAGGUUCAUGGUUUCUCUGCAGUCGACCUCAAACCAAACGGAGACGAUGAGAUGGUGACCAUGGAGAACUCAGAGGAGUAUGUGGAGCUGAUGUUUGACUUCUGUAUGCACAUGGGCAUCCAGAAACAGAUGGAGGCCUUCAGAGAGGGAUUUAACCGCGUGUUUCCGAUGGACAAGUUGAGUUCCUUCAGUCAUAAAGAAGUCCAGAUGAUUCUCUGUGGGAACCAAUCACCUUCCUGGACAGCUGAUGACAUCAUCAACUACACUGAACCAAAGCUGGGCUACACCAGAGACAGCCCGGGCUUCCUGCGCUUCGUCAGAGUGUUGUGUGGAAUGUCGUCGGACGAGAGGAAAGCGUUUCUUCAGUUCACCACCGGCUGCUCCACGCUGCCCCCCGGUGGCCUCGCCAACCUGCACCCUCGCCUCACCAUCGUCAGGAAGGUGGACGCCACAGACUCCAGUUACCCGUCGGUGAACACCUGUGUUCAUUACCUGAAGCUUCCGGAGUAUUCUUCAGAGGACAUCAUGAGAGAGAGACUGCUCGCUGCCACCAUGGAGAAAGGCUUCCACCUCAACUGACCUCUGACGCAGGAGGAGGAGGAGGAGGAGUCACAGGAGUCACAGGAGUCACCAAGAAUCAAAAACAAAUGUUGUACUGUCUCCUUUCCUCCCUCCUUCACUUGUCUCCUCCAUCCUCUGUGUGUGUGUGUGUGUGUGUGUGUGUGUGUGUGUAAUCCUCCUCCUUUUUUUUGUUGAACUGCUUUUUUGUUUUUUUUUUCUCCGUGUGUGUGUGUGUGUGUGUGUGAGAGAGAGAGAGAGUGUUUUGGGCCAGUUUGUUGACGCCUGCAGGGGUCAAAGGUCGGAGUGAAGCUGUGGAGACCAACACUGGUCGUGUGUGUGUGUGUGUGACACAUGAAGAAGACGACGCCGUCGCUCGCUCUCCUGUAUUUUCUUUGUAUAUUAUAAACUUUAUUUAACAGUUUGAGGAAAACAGAUAUUUUCAAAUGUGUACGCUGAAAAAAAAACUCAUUAAAAUGUUUGCAAAGUAUGACGUAA